AUGUGGAGGAGAAGUUUUCUUUUAGGAAAUCGUAUUUAUGCAACAGGUAUUUGUGUUGGUGGAACUAGUUUAGCAGCAACAGUUCUUGUUCAACAAAAAGAUGAUAGAAUAGAUGGAGUUGAUGUUUUAUCAAAAGCUAGACAUAUAAAUGGCCCAUUAGAUAAAACUGGUCUAAAACCUCGUUUAUAUCAAUAUCAAGCUUGUCCUUUUUGUUGUAAAGUACGUGCAUUUUUAGAUUAUUAUGGUUUUGAUUAUGAUAUUGUUGAAGUAAAUCCUUUAUCAAGAAAAGAAUUAAAAUUUUCUCCAGGUCAAAAAAAAGUUCCUGUUGUAACAUGUUCUUGUUUAGAUCAAUCAAUGACAGAAUCUUCCUUAAUUAUGUCAAUAUUUGCAACAUAUCUUAAACGUAAAGAAUUAUCAAUAAAAGAUGUUGUUGAAUUGUAUCCACCAUUAACACAAGUUGAAGCAAAAUCUGGUAAAGAAGUCAAAACAUUUCCAAAUAAAUAUUUUAUUAUGCUUGAAAAGGAAGAUAGAAGAAAAUUUGAUGUUCAAUAUGCAAGAGAAGAAAGAGAAUGGCGUGAAUGGGUGGAUGAACAUUUUAUUCAUAUUAUAUCACCAGCAAUUUAUCGUACUUUUGGAGAAAGUAUUGAAACAUUUAAAUGGUUUUCAAAAGCUGGAAAUUGGGAAGAUAUUUUUAGUUAUAUAGAACGACAUUCUGCUAUUUAUGUAGGUGCUAUUGCUAUGUAUUUUGUUUCUAAAGGACUUAAAAAGAAACAUAAUAUUAAUGAUGCAAGAAAAGAAAUGGAAGAAUCUUUAAAUAAAUGGAUGGAAGCUAUAGGUCCUUCAAGAGUAUUUAUGGGGGGUAAUGAACCAAAUCUUGCAGAUAUUGCAUUAUAUGGUGCAAUUCAAUCAUUUGUUGGUUUAGAAUGUUUUGAAGAAAUGAAAAAAAAAACAAAUAUUGAUAAAUGGUUUACUCCAAUGGAUAAUUUAGUCAAAAAAAGGUAUGGAUCAAAAUAUCUUGGAAAUAAAUGUUAA